CAAAUGGUCUGGAUUCCCUCCUUGAAGUAGUUUUUGACAAAGAUACUGACGGUGCAAAAAUGGGAAGUCAUUCUUAUAUUGUUUCUAAAGAUGUUUCUUCAAUCCAUUUACAGUUCAACAAUGCAAACGAUCUUUCUAGAUUCAAAGCCAUAGUUGAUGGGUUUCGAAACGGAAGGAAUUCCAUGUUUUCCAUUCGGACGGAUGAUUCUUCAGCGACUCAAUAUUUUCAGUUUUACAGUUAUUUAUCACAACAACAAAACAUGAUGCAAGAUUACAUUAGGACAUCUACAUACCAAAGAGCUAUUCUUGCAAACUUAGAAGAUUUUAAAGACAAAGUGGUUCUGGACGUUGGUGCAGGAUCUGGUAUUCUGUCCUUCUUUGCUGCUCAAGCAGGUGCUAGAAAAGUUUAUGCUGUUGAAGCUUCUUCCAUGGCAAAACAUGCUGAAACACUUGUGUAUCAUAACAAAUUGACUGGAAGGGUUGUCGUCAUUCCUGGAAAAAUCGAAGAAAUAACUCUUCCUGAAAUGGUUGACGUAAUAAUUUCCGAACCUAUGGGGUAUAUGCUUUUUAAUGAAAGAAUGUUGGAGACAUAUCUUCAUGCCAAAAAGUGGUUAAUCCCUAAUGGUAAAAUGUUCCCUUCAAGAGGUGAUUUACAUAUAGCACCUUUUAGUGAUGCUGCCUUGUAUAUGGAACAAUUAAAUAAGGCUAAUUUUUGGUACCAACAAUCAUUCCAUGGUGUAGAUUUAGCUAGUUUGCGCGAUGCUGCUGUUAAAGAAUAUUUUAGACAACCAAUAGUUGAUACUUUUGAUAUCAGUAUUUGUAUGGCCAAAUCUUUACGCCACACCGUAGAUUUUCUGGUAGCUCAAGAAACAGAUUUGCACAAAAUAGAUAUUCCUUUAAAUUUUGUUUUAAAUCAAACUGGUGAAAUACAUGGUCUUGCCUUUUGGUUUGAUGUUGCUUUCUUUGGUUCAACGCAAACAGUUUGGUUAUCAACAGCUCCAACUCAACCUCUUACUCAUUGGUAUCAAGUUAGGUGUUUAUUAGAAACGCCUCUAUUCGCACAACGGGGACAGUCAGUCUCUGGUAAAGUGGUCCUUAACUCUAAUAAAAGGCAAAGUUAUGAUGUUGACAUCGAGUUGAUGAUUGAUGGAAGCAGUAUACGAGCUUUCAAUACCCUGGAUCUCAAAAAUCCGUUCUUUCGUUACACUGGGCAACCUCCACAGCCACCUCCUGGUUGUAACGAAACUUCUCCCAGUGAAGGUUAUUGGCAGACUUUAGAUGCCCAACAAUCCAACAAUACCAAUUUAGUAGUAAAUGGCAUAACUCUGAUGAAUGGUGAUACUGUGAUGGAUGCUCAUCCAGUACAGCAACACAUACCACACAGUCCUAUUGGCUCUCAACAAAGCAGCACAAUUAUACCUUUGGGUGAGUUAGGAAACUUACAAAAUUCAGGAAAUAGUCCAAAUAGUAGAACUACUUCAAGAAUUCAAGCAAGUGUUCCAACUAGUUCCAUUGGCGGUGGUAUUUCUCCAUCAUUGUUCACACAGCAACAGCAACAUGUUGUCCUGGGAAACACAACUCAUUUUCCUGUUAGUAAUAGUUUGAUGAUUGGAGAUUAUGCAACUCCAGGGAAUAUAGUCAUGCCAGGUCAAAUUGACUUAGUCAAUACAUUCAAGCAUUCAUAGAACUAUUUGUCAUCAGUAUUAAAAAACUGUAAUAGGGUUUUCAAUUCUCCACAACAGUCAAUUUGUAAAAUUUUGUGUUAGUUUUAGCAACAAAUUCAGUUGAAAAAAGCAAAUCAUACUACAAAGCCAACCAAAAAUAGAUUUGUUUUCCAGCAUUCCCAUGACAUUUGUUUUCUCGACUAAGUAUGGCAGCUUUGCUCUGUGGUACUGAUUACAAAGCAUAGAAAAUAUAGCACUCAACAUGUGAUAGAAAAGAAAUCACUAAUACAGGAUUUCUUGAAAUAUUCUUGUAUACCUCCAAAGAGAGCGUUAUUCAGAUUGACUAAUUUCUGUGUAAAUAUAUAACCUGUGUUAAAUACGACAUUCAAAGCAAAUGCUUCACCUAUUGAAGCUCCUUUGUGUAUUCAUAUCAUACGUCUGUCAGCUCAUCUUAUUUAUUCAUGAUAUUUUUGUUGUUCAUUAGACAUUGUUAUCUGAUGUUAUAAAACUUGUUAGUUUUGCGACCCAGUUUUUAUUGGUUCAUUAUGCAGAAUUAUCUUUUUCUUUCACAGAACAAAAGCUGUCGUAAUUUUAUGACUCUCAUUUGUUGUUUCUAAAUGACCCUAUUACAUUAAAAUGACUUUGAUAUUUCUCGCAUAAUAUAUAUUUAACAAAAUAAAAUUCAAAUAAUGUACUAUGAAAUGUAAAAUGAUGAAAUUGAUUUUAAAACUAUAUUGGUGUAAGAUAAAAGUAAUUUGAUUUUAAUGGUUUUUUAAAAUGUCAUAGGUUAUAAAUUGUAGGCUUACUAUGUGGAUUUCUCAUAAAGGUGGUUCAAUAAAUAAAUCAUUUCGGCCAGUAUCCUCUGGCCUUAUAGUGGAUCUAAUGCAGAUGCAAUGAAGGGGUUAUAAAUUCAAGAACAGAAUAAACAGCUUCACCAAUGAUUUGCGAUAAAUUUGUAAAUAGAAUAUAUUUUUGCAUUCAAUGUGAUUUUCGUUUUCUAACUUAGGAAGUAGCUUCAUGUGUUGAACUUAUUCCUGAACUUUAAGUGUAUUAUUUUAGUUUACAAAAUUUAUUAUUAAUUCUAUGGGUAUUGUAAAAUGUUUGUCUCUUUCAAAAUUGAAUCCACUCACCCCACCAACUUUGCAUCUUGGUACGCAUUUUAAAUGUUUUAACAAUCUUGAUAGACCAAAGAAACAGAUAAAAUGUAUUUGUGACUUUAUUUACUGCACCACCUACAAUUCCAUAUAAUAAUUACCAAUAUUUCUUUUUGUGAGUGUGUAAAUGAAAGCGGCAGAAUAGAAUCCUGUGCACAAAUUACAAUUUAUUUUUCUUAAUACAAGGCGUUGAGCCUUGAUUUUAUUGUCUCGUUAUAUGAGACGUUUUGUAUGUCCAGUUUGCUUGUGUAUGGAGUGUGUCAAACUAAGACUAUUGCUUGUUAUUCUUUUUUAACAAAAAGAUUGUAAUUAUACUUGGUGCAAAACAUGAAUUGUUCUUCCAAAACCUCAUUUUAGUUGAAACCAAAAUAAACAACCUUAAAAUUCCAAA